UCCUUUGAACCUCUUUAGAGUUCGGUUCUGCGUUCCGGUGUGUUCCGGAAGAUCCUGCCAUGAGUGAUAAGGGAAAGGCAAAUCCGGAACGAGUAGCUAGCGAUACUCUCGAGGCACCUGAAGUUCACGCUCCAGCACUGAUGCUCAAUACCGAUCCGAAAGUCGUUACCAAAGCGUCCGAGUUGCUGGCCCCGAUCGACACGGAUGUGGUAGAAAAAAACCUCAACACGGUCUUGGCGGCAGUGAAAACCGUUGAUCAAACGUGCGACUUCAAGGGAUGCAAACAAAAGACGAAUCUCGUCGGGACGGACUGCAUUUACUGCCGGGAGCGGUUCUGUUUCAAGCACAGCUUGCCGGAAAUACACGGUUGCGGCGAAGCAGUUAAGCGAAAGGAGCGCGAAGAGUUCCUCCAUCCUAUCACGGGAAAGGCGCGCCGAGAAAAAGAAGAUAAGCAGAAAGCUCAAACCCGUCUAUCGCAGAAGCUGAAACAAAUGUCGCUCGAACGAAAGCAGAAACCUACCGGCGGCAGUGCGAGCAGUUCGAGUCGUGGAGGAAGCAGCACUGGUAGAGGAAAGAAACGAACGACCUCUUAAACUCGCCAAACUAUUGUUUCGCAAAAUUAUUAUUUAUUUACGUUUCUUAAGUGUUUGUAUGUUAUUUCCCACGCGAGCGUGUUUUCGGGUGCCCAAAGCGGAACGAAACAGGUGUCUAAUACCGGGCCAAGGGGGCUUACGGAACGUAGUUGGGAUUUUUUCGCAAAAUGCAGAAUCCUUCCAUGAUAGGGGUGAGUGAAAUGUACUCCUCGGUAGCCAAUUCGGCCCGUUCGCCCAUCGCCAACAGCACGGGUGUGGUGUGCGUCUGGAAUCCGGUGAUGGUUUUCGGUUUACCCGCUUGUCCCACUACGUCGACGGCCUGUGCGAAAAGGAAUGAGAGCAAACUUAUAUUUGUAUCACGUGGUCAGGUAAAACGUUAUCAUUUAAGCGUACGAACCAUUCCGACACGGACGGGUACGGGGCAUGAAUUUAGAUCUUCGGUGAAGGUAAUCAGCAUGCGCGGUUGCAUUGCAGUCGUUAGCGUGUACAACAAAUAGUGCGA